CAUUUGUCAAGUAUCAUGCUUAUCGGCACCGAGACCUUGAAACCCGUCACCUUCCCCAUCAUCCUCUUCUUCUAACUUAACCAUCGAUGCACCACUCCUUCGAUCCAUUCCUCGGCGCCUCAGACGAAUUGCAUCCCAAUGACCCGUCGCUUCCCCCUCCGUAAACCCUCCGCCUUGGGUCUCCGUCGACGAAGGUCGGCACCCCGCCGCAAGUUCAUUUGCUCCGAUGUAGAAACGGACUCGUCUUCUUCCUCCUCCUCCUCCUCCUCCUCCUCUUCCAAUGGGUUAGCGAAACCCACCUACGAAGAGCUCGCAAGCGAGAUAGACAGCGAGGCGAUUGAUUCAACAGAGAAAGAGACCGACUUGGUUGUGAUUAUGGAUAUGAAUGGAGUUGUAACCGAUUCGGGUCGGGUUGACCCGGUUCAGGAAAGUGGAGAAUCCACCGUGAGCGAUGCAGUAUCUCCACCACCACCACCACCGAAGAAGAAGCUCUCAACAGAUGGGUCUCUCCUCGGGCUAGUGUUCAAAGCAAUCGGGUUUCAAUUCAAACUGAUGAGCAGCCUCGUAAAGUCUUCUCCUUUCUUGCUCAACUGCUGCUUCCUCUUCCCUUUCGACCCCUUCACCACUUUCAAGCUCGUCAGACGAUUCUUGCUCACGCAAGUUUCCGUCUUUAGUGAAAUUUUAUUUCGAACCCUUAAGCUGAGUGGGUUCAAAGAUACCAAACGUGCGGUGAACGUUGCUUGCAAGUUCGGAUGGGGUUUGUUUAGAGCUGCUUAUGUAGGCGUUUUGUUGUUUGGACUCUUGGUUUUGGCUUUUGUGCUUGGUGGGUUUGCGAUAACCCGUGUAGCCGAUAGACCGUUUGUGAUCAAGGAGGUUUUGAAUUUCGAUUACACCAAGAGUAGUCCUGAGGCGUUUGUGCCUAUUACGUCAUGUGCUGGUGUUGCGUGCGAUGGAAGCUGUAAGGAGAGUAAUGAGAUGAUGAAGAUCAGGGGAUUGCGAGCUAUCCCUCGUGGCCACAAGCUAGAGAUCACUCUUUCCUUGACGUUGCCUGAGUCCUAUUACAAUAAAAACCUCGGCAUGUUUCAGGUUCGGGUGGAUUUGUUAUCUGCGGAUGGUCAAAUGCUUGAUACUAUAAGGCGUCCGUGCAUGUUAAGAUUCAGAAGCGAGCCUAUCCGUCUCGUCCAGACAUUUUUCAAAGUGGUUCCGUUGGUCACAGGAUACGUCUCUGAGAUCCAAACCUUGACCUUGAAGUUGAAAGGCUUUGCGGAAAAGGAUACUCCCACCGCUUGCUUAAAGGUGAUGAUCGAACAACGUGCAGAGUUUCGACCAGGGGCAGGUAUUCCAGAGCUGUACGACGCGUCCCUCUCGCUUGAAUCAGAUCUUCCUUUCUUCAAAAGAGUUGUUUGGAAAUGGCGGAGAACUUUGUUCGUCUGGAUCAGCAUGAGCUUGUUCUUUACGGAACUGCUUUUCGCGUUGGUUUUUUGCAGAUCUCUCAUCAUCCCAAGAACACGACUUAGAGACAUACCGGCUUCAAAUCGGACCGGAAGUAGAUGAUGAUGAUGAUGAUGAGGAUGAAGCAAUAGUUGGUGCACAUCAUGUUUUCUAACACUCUGAAACGGUAUUCUCACUUCCUGUUUACUUUAGCUCCUGAGAGUUCUUUGAGUAAAUUGUAAAAUAUUAUAGUAUAUAGUUUGGUUCAAGAUAUGUUCUUAAAAACGAGUGUUAAAAUGUUUAUUUAAUAUCAUAGAGGAGAAAAAAACUGAAAACCAAUGUUCAUUUCAUUUUAUAAAGAUAUAUAUUAAAGUGCCCAAUUUAGUUUA